AUCAUAGUAUCUAAAACAUGCAUACUAAUGAUAGUAGAUAGUAAUGCUGUGGAAAAUUAAUACCACAGCUUUUUUUAUUAAGAGCCUGGUUUUGUAGUUACGCGUUUUGCUUGAAGAUUGAUUUUAAAUAAUUUACUUGAGAAAUAGACGGACUGCUAUUUUUUUUUCUUCUUGAAGUUUGGCUAAGAAAACGCCUAAAGGAUGUCGUUCUUGGAUGUAAAGAGUCAUUGUAGUAAUUUCACUUUCGGUGAUUUUCUAAAAGAAAGAAUGUCUUUGGAAGGAUUACGCUAGGAUUUAAUUCUAGAUCAAAAACUUCUUUGCACUUCGGUCUAGCUUGGAACUUCAGUAUGACCGUAAUACAGCCUCCAGAUGUGGCGUGUAGGUUGGGAGCAGGAAAAAAUCUUAGUUCUGAGGUUAAAGCCUGCAGUUCCAAUGUUUCUUAUUCCCCUGAAGCCACGGCUGUGUUUGCCACCGCAAUGACGAUCAUCAUGCUCUUCACCAUCUUCGGUAACAUCUUAGUAAUCAUCGCCGUCCUGACAUGCCGCUCUUUACGAGGACCUCAGAACCUUUUUUUGGUGUCCUUGGCUGCAGCAGACAUCCUGGUGGCCACAUUAAUCAUCCCCUUCUCUUUGGCUAAUGAGUUGAUGGGUUACUGGUACUUUGAGUCAUUUUGGUGUGAGAUCAUCUUAGCACUGGAUGUGCUCUUCUGCACAUCUUCUAUCAUCCACCUGUGUGCCAUCAGCCUGGACCGCUACCUGUCCAUCUCCCGGCCGGUGCAGUACGCGACCCAACGCACCCCUCGCAAGAUCAAGGGGGCCAUACUGGUGGUGUGGCUCAUCUCUGCUGUCAUCUCUUUUCCUCCGCUCGUCUCCAUGAACAAAACCCCUCUGGCCAAGGAUGGGGGUGGCCCACAGUGCAAACUCAACGAGGACGUCUGGUACAUCCUGUACUCCUCCAUCGGGUCGUUCUUCGCCCCGUGCCUCAUCAUGAUCCUGGUGUACGUUCGCAUCUAUCAGAUUGCCAAGAAGCACACUAGAUGUCCUCCCGGAGAGCCGAGGAAAGACACUGCAGGUGGUGUUCCUCCAGGACGAGAGCUGCAGAACGGGAGAAACCAGGACGGUGUUGACCCUGCGAAUGUCUUCACUCCGGAUCCAUCCAGAUCUGACGCCGUAAACCAGCCUCAACCACCAGAAAGUCGGCAGCAGAUGAAGCGCUCAAGGAGGUGCAAGGACAACGAGGACAGUUCAAGCUCAGGCUCUGACGUCGAGGUAGUUGAGGGACAUAAAGCCAACGGGACGACCUCCAACGCAAGGGCGCUGGAUCCCGGACACCAGACAUCCUCAACAUCCAAAACGUACCAAAAUGUCCUCGUAACAUCAAAGGGCAGCCAGCUGGCCUCUUCCAACAUGAAACCAGCAGGAACUCCAAACACCAGGAGGAAAGCCAUGAUCGUCCGUGAGAAGCGGUUCACGUUUGUCCUGGCGGUUGUUAUCGGGGUUUUUGUCGUCUGCUGGUUCCCGUUCUUCUUCAGCUACAGCUUGCAGGCCAUUUGUCCAGAGGCUUGUAAACUACCAGAGCCACUUUUCAAGUUCUUCUUCUGGAUCGGUUACUGCAACAGUGCCCUGAACCCGCUCAUCUACACCAUCUUUAACAGAGACUUUCGUAAAGCCUUCAAAAAGAUUCUGUGUAAAAAGUGUAAGGACUGUUCUUUUUGAAAGUGGACUACUUUGAAAAUCAGUGUUACAGAGUGAAGCAAAUGUCUCCCUCUAAUCUAUAUUUCACCUAUAUUUUUUGCCACAAGACACAAUUUCGUGACCCAAAGGUCUUUUAGUCCAGAUUGUACCAUUUUAUUGACUGAGAACAAGAAUGCACAAGAAAAGGAACAUGCAAUGUUGGAACUUUUUUUUCAGUGCUUUUAUACAUGUUAAAAGAUGUUUUCCUUGCCAAAGAAACUAGCCAUUUGUUUGUUCUUUUGCAUGUUUAGGAUUGUCUUUUGAGUCCUUUUAUAAAUGUUUUUGCAUGGCAGGGAUUUGGAAAGCAUGUUCAGUUGUUUUAUUUUUGUCCUUUUAUGACAAAAUAAUAAAUUUUAGAAUGAUGACAAAAAAAAUGCAAGAUCAUUAGGAUACUGAAGAAAAUCUCUUAUUUUGAGGGCCAUGUUUUUGACUGGAAUUUGAAAAUGGUUUGGAUAAAUGCGUAUCUGAGAAUCGCACAAUGGUUUCCUCUGUAUCCAGACUCUUCAAUAACUGUUGUUUACUAUUCUCUUGAGCGUUUGAACUGAGUGGAUGUAUCAGCACACAUUCCAUUCAUUUUUGCGUUUCAUCAGCUGAGGUGCCACAUCAAGCAUGAGGAACUCUCAUAAGAUUGCGCCGGUGUCUCUCCAGAGACGCUCUGGCCUCCAGGAUGUUGUUUGUGAGCUCUCCAGUGCGCAUUCAAAGACAAUGCGGCUCUUUCUCAGAGACACCUCUGGCUCCGCCGCAUUGUGAGAUCACAAAACUGGAUAUGAGAAGAUUUCAAAGAGAGCUUCACCUCUCUGGGAAAGUACCAGAGCUCUUUACGCCAAGAGAGGCUUCGCUCUCUGGGGUGAGAGGAGAAAAAAAAAGCAAAUGCGUUACUGUAUGGUUUUAGCUAGCUUUCAAAAUCAAAUCCAAACACCCUCUGUUAAGAUUAAAUGCAUGGUUUUGACUGACGUUUUCGGAUUUUAACAAAUGAAUAACAUGGUUUUCUGGGAUAAGAGUGUGCUUGGUCUGUUAUCGCUUCAUUUGAUGGGUUCUGAUUGAAAGAAAUGUCGUGUCUGUAGACUGAUGUUUAGGGUUAUCAGAACCUCUUCCAGUGUUUUUUUUUUUUUUUUUUCACGUCUGAAGAAGAAUGACUUAUGUAAAUGAAUUGCGCACUUAUUACUGUCUCUUGAUAAGACUUUUUAUUAUUUCUGUCAUAAAAAGGUUUGUGCACUUUAAUUUAGCUUCUGAAUGAUAUUGGCGAUUGUGUGCAGAUAAGCGAAUCUAGGCAUGUACCAGCAUGUCUUUUGACAACUGCUGCUCUAAAUAAGGUUUCAUGAAGCGUCCUGCUGAAAUGAGCUGUUGUU